UUUACGCUUCAAAGGUGUUCGGUUGUGAGUGGUGAGUGACACCAGGCUGAUGUAACUCGUGAGGGAUUUUCUUGUGUAUCUUCCGGACGAAUAUUUUGAUCUUGAAAAGGUGCGCGAAUAAAUUGAACGUUGAAUUGAACGAUAACAUAGGAUAAACAGUAGUGUUACAAAUCAUUAAUUGAAAAAUAUCCUCGUUUAUUUAUAGUGGAAAUGAUGAUCCUAUCAGUAUUACUAAUUGCCCUUAGCCUGCGGCUGGCCCAGAGUUCGAGACUGAGAAACGACAUGAAUAACGACCUAAGCCCAGUGCUCAGCGGCAGCCGCUUCAAGCUCAUAGAUUGGGUACAAAUCAAAGAACCACCAGUGCCGUUGGUCACCGAAAAAGUGGGGGCGCACGUGGAACUAGAGUGCCAGGCGAUGGGCUCUCCACCACCAACCAUCCAGUGGUACAAGAGGAACAUGAGGAUAACCGAGAAUGAAAUGAUGGAGGUCAACACCAUCAAGCCAAGCGACGCACUGGCGAUGAUGUCUUCGCGGUUAGUGAUAAACUACCUGUUACCAAGGCACCAGGACAUAUACAGAUGUGUCGCAGAAGCCGGCGCCCAGGUAUCCACCAGCGUUACCAAGCUCAUAGUCAGCGACAAGGAAGGCAGAGAAAUGAACUUCACUCAACUCAUCAACGCCAAAAUCCUCGGAGCCCACCACAUGCCCAGAGUAACGUUCUGGGCAUCCACCCUCAUGGACACCAUCGGUAACGAAGUUAACCUCCCAUGCAAGUCUGUCGGAAACCCAAAGCCCACCCUGCUCUGGAUCGACCCCAACGGCAGGGUCAUCGAAACCGACGACAGGUUCACAAUACUACCGGACGGCGAACUCAGAAUAAAGUCGAUCAUUUGGGCGGACAUGGGGAUCUACACGUGCGUCGUGAAGAAUUCCGUUGGAGACGACACCGUCGAAACGUUUUUGUACCCAAUGAAGGCAUCAGAUUAACCACUGAACGAAGGGGAAUAUUCCGCUCGAAUCCAAAUCUAGUCAAAUUUUCUUAACCAUUCCAAGUCCCAAGGCGGAGUGCAACUUGGAUAUUUUUAUAAAUUAAUUUAUGACUAUCUAGUAUUUAUAAUUUAGGUAUUAAUUGUAUAAUAAUUUAUGUACUUAUUUAUAUUAAUGUGUAAAAUAUGACUUUUUAACGAGUGUUAAUGCAAAC